AAAACUGGGUAAAGAAAGGAGGCGUCUUUUCGACUCGUUGGGAUUAUACAGGGCAUCCUGCUAACUUGAAGCUAAACUUGAGUAAACAGAUCGGUGACAAACAGAGCCUGAGAAAAUGCUUUAACCGGAGGGCAGAAACACGGGAUUUACUCACCGGCGAGACCCUUAUAAAAUAAGAUGACAGGUUUUGCAUCAUGCCCAGGCUUUCUGAUUGUCACUCUGAUCGUACCUCUAACCUUCAUCCCUGUCAAGACAGAAAUAUGGAACAAUGAAGUUUCAGACAUUGAGUAUGGAAGACUGGGAUCCAAUGUCACCCUGGUGUGCAGCAGUUCCAGCGAUGGGCCUGUGCAGUGGCAGCACAAUGGCAGCAGCUUGCUCUCUUCCCGGUUCCUUGUUCAGAACGGAAAUCUCAUUCUCAUUAAUGCGGACGCUUCCAUGGAAGGCAACUACAGCUGCUACGACGGAACCGGACUCCUCCGGGUGACCAAGCUCAGGCUCGGCAAUUCUCCAGGGUUAGUGCGGGUGACCUGCAGGGCGCCUAAUUACACCACUGUCCUUUGCUCCUGGGAGCAAAUGGAGAUGACCUUUCUUCCCACAAAGUACAUCACAACGUACAGGAUGGGAGAGGACACAGUCCAGAUGUGCCACCAGGACUCGUACACAUUAAAUGAAUGCAUCAUAAGAAGUCCACCAAUCUGGCACCAUUACCAUGUUAUUAAUAUCACAGAGGUCAACCCACUUGGAUCUAAGUUCACAUUAUUAAAGUUACAGAUACAUGACAUUGUGAAGCCUGAUCCUCCUGAAGGGGUGAUCGUACAGCCUGUUCCUGGCCAGCCAAGAAGACUGGAGGUGAAGUGGCAGUAUCCUUCUUCGUGGAUCAAUGAGAAGCACUUUGCCCUCCGCUUUCAGCUUCGCCACAGGCCUGUGGGGUCAGCGGCCUGGUCCCUGGUGAAAACGACAGACACAAACCUAAUAAUAACUGAUGCAUUAGCUGGUCAACGUCACCGAAUCCAAGUACAGGCAAAAGAUGACUUCGACAAUGGGGACUGGAGUGAAUGGAGUCCAGAAGUGGAAGCCUUACCUUGGAUAGAACCAACUGUUACACCAGCUUCUGCUCAGGAUUCAGACUGGGGUACUGAAAUUGUUGAAGAAUCUGCAACACCGAAAACAGAUGUACGUAUCCAGCAUUAUGGCGAUUUGGGAAUGCUCAUCUCUCUCGGGCUGUUUGCAGGAGUAGUUCUGGCUCUGCUGGCCUUCUUUGUUGUUUUGAUCUGGUUAAAACGUAAAGGGAAGGAAGAGGCAACAAAGCAGGAACUUACCUCAAUGAAGAAGAUGAAGUCACUGCCAAUUUAGUGCAUGCACAGAUUGGUGUUUUCCAAUGUCAACCCUUAUAGGGUGUCCUCUGCCAGUAUCACCACUGCCAGUAAAAGCAAUAAAACAGAGCAAGGCUCAAGGCAUGAGAUCCACAACACUUUUCUCAAGUGCCUUGUGGUGCUAGUAAUGGUUUCAGGUUUCAGUUUCCACUUUUUCAGUGGUUUUUAUAGAUAUGCAGCAACUUUGUAGCACAAUGAUCGGAGACUACAACAGCACCUUCAGCUUUAUACUCGAAGGACCUACAGUAUAUUUACUCACCAUCACUUGAAAACCUGGUCAUCCUGUAACAUUUUGGACAGAUCUCUGCAUGCCUUUCAUUCUGAUGAUUCUAUCUUGGACUGCUGUGAAAAAUCUUGCUAUUCUGCUAAGUAAAUUAGAUUUGGGGGCAUUAUUACAGGUAUUAUUUUCUAGCUUUUAAAAAAAUGAGUUGGAAGCAAAAACCCCAUUGCUUGGAGCCACUGCUCUUGGUGAUAUUGAUAAGUCAGGUGAGAGGCGUUUUGCGUACCAAUUCUCUGACAGUUUUCAGGUGGUUUUAACACAUUUGUCUCAGAAAUGCAAUACAGCUGCUACAGUUUGACAAUUUCUAAAUAACAGCAUGGCCUGUUUGGAGUUUGGUGCAGUGUGCAUGGACUCAGUAUCGGUUGUAGGAUUUCUCUCAUCUUUGUAAGGGAUCCUCUGGGGAGUUUAUCAAAGAAGCACACAUGGACUUGGAAAGGAAAUCGAACUGUUGGACCAGUUGAAGACUUGAUUGGUCUACCAGUUAAUCCAGUGCCUAAUUACACCCUUCUGAGACAACUCCAUGCUCAAUUCACUGGCUUGGCUGGAAUGGGGAUUGGAUCUAAAGCUAACCAUUCAUUCAUUUUUCCUUCCAUGCUGGAUACAGGAGAAGGGGACAUUUAAAAAAACGAAUAAUACAUAUUUUCGUGUUCUGAGAGCCUGGUCCACAGACAGGUGUGGUCAAUGAUAUGCUUUGGCUCGAAUCAAACUUGCAUAAAAUGUCAAACGUCUAGCUUUUAAAGGGUAGGAAACAUUUUGUAAUUGACUGUACUUAAUCAGUUUUCUGCUGCUGUUUUCAAUUGUGGUUGAUACUGGAGUAAUGGUUUUCAAGCUGAAGUUGAGUUGGUGAAGAUGGAAGCUGACAGGAUUUUUUCAAGCAGAAAGUUUAAAAAACAUACCUUUACUGUAUGUCCGAAGGUACAAGCAGAAUUGAGGUAUACAAGCUAGAAAAUACUGCAUGUGCAGUGUUUUCAGUUUAGAGGAAUUGUGCUUUGUAUUAUGUGCUGAGGUCUUUAAUAUCUCUGUCCACUAAUUGUUCUUUUUUUUUGUCAUUGAUGUAUUGAAUUGUCAGGAUAUUUCAGUAGUAUUGCCUGUUUGGAGUCAACUUGUUUGUGUGUCAGCACUUUUAGGUGAUGUUUUUUUAAAUGACCAUAUGCACAACCUUCCUAGGAUUUUUAUAUUCUUAAAGAAAUAUGUGCAGUUAGAUCUGACAUGUUUAGUGUUUCAUGGUGCAUUGCUAAAAAUAUCAAGGCCACUAAGGUCUGCUGAAAGUGAGAGCACCAAUUUGUGCAAUACAUUAAGCAGUGUGUCAAUGAAAACGCCUCAAAGUUCUGAAGCACGGAGGAAUAAGACAGAUUUUAAUUAAGGCCUGUGGAAAAAUUCUUCCACUGGGGUAUUGUUAAUGAGACAUUCACAGCACCCUUCACUGUUUAAAACAUAUAUUUCAUGGGUGUUUGUAAUUUAUGACAAUGCUCAGUGGUGUGCAUCUCUUCUGCUUAAAAUGUCCUGAUACUGGGGAUCCCUGUCUCUUCUGUUUUCAUCCAACCUCAGCUCAUUUAUUACGCUUUGAUAUUUUUAUUCUUUUGAGUUCUUAAAGAUGGUCCAGAUUACAAGUCAGCCAUAUUUUAUUUGAUGAGUUUCAGUUUAGAUGCAUUGUUUUAGACUUAGACCUACAGUCCAAUGCAUAAACAAAUACUUCCUGAUCUCGGUUUUAAAUGCACUUCUAUUUAGUUUCCACUUGUUUUUUCUGGUUUGUGCUUCAUGAUGAAACUAAUAAUAAUGAUUUUAUUGAUUUAAUGCAAUCAAGAUUAAUAAUUAUAUCAUGCUCCCCUUUUUACAUUUUAAACAAAUUCAAACUUGUUAAUCACAAGAUUACAGUACAGUACAUAACUACAUAUUGUUUAUUUUAGCCUAUGUAAACAACACAUCUCUUGGUAUGAUUAACAUUUGCAUCUUGUAUUUUUGUUGACAGUUAUUGAAAAGACAAUUCAAGCUCUGUUGUUUCAUAGUUGUGUGAUUAAUAAUUUAGAAAAUUUGGAAAAUUCUAAAAUAACCCUUAUGGACUCUUACAGUAUGAGAUUUUUCAAAUAUGAAAAUUACUUAACUGUUGCACACUAAGUGUUCAUACUGUUAUGGGGGAGCAAUAAUGGAACAAGAAAACUGAUUUUUUUUAAGUACGGUAUUUUCUGAAAUUAAGACAUUAAGUGCUGAAAGUACUUUAAAAAAGAGUAGUUAAGCAAAAAAGCACAAUAAAACAACAAGUUAAAAAGCACCUGUUCUGAAAACUAGAGGGAAGAUCUGAUCCCUGAAUUUAGCAGAAGAAAAGCAGUUUUUACUAAAGAGAGAUCAGUACAGUGGCGAUGGGAUUGUAGUGCAGGCUCAUACAGCAACGCAUAAAAGAAAAAAUGAAGUUCAUGAACAGCACUGCAAGAUGGUUUUGACUUCCAGUGCAGGACAUGGAAAUACAGUAAGAGAUCUUUGCAUUACCCCACUGGAUUUCUUCUUGCAUUACCCCAUCUAAUGUUUUUUUUUUCUGUAUUUGGAAUAUGUUUUAAUAAACGUGCUGUCAAAGAUUGCAGGUUAAACCAGGAUUUACUCUUCAGGCACAAAGAAGUCUAGUGGGCAGGGUGCAGAAAUCUCAAUUGUAGUGAUUUUGUGCAUAUUGGAAUAUCAUGGAGGAGAAAAAAGGGGGUGUUCAUUACUGAGAUUGUCCUGUUGCAGUAAGUUUAAUGUUGAAUGCUAGGAGCUAAUUUUGUUUUGAGUACUCUACAGGGAAGUGGAAAAGUGUUUUCUUGGAUGGAGCUCAGCGUCUGCACAGGUACCUGCCAGUUUAUCUCAGAGGGUAGUAUAACUAACUGAUUGUAAUAGGUCUUAUGUUCAGUGUGCUGUGGAGUCUCUGGAGUCGGAGGUAAAGAUAGCUGAUUUGCAAUUGUGAUAUUUGUCAAAAACUUUCUGGCUGCUAUGUGGCUUCUAUGAUGAAUCAAUAAUUCUCUGCUAAAAUGUGAACAGAUGCAUUUGUAUCCUUUAAGUUUCAAAUGAAAUCCCAAUUUUAAUAUGGGUUGUUUUUAGUAUUGCAGUCCUUCCAUUUUAUUGUAACAGUUUAACCUUUCUCCAAGUAAAUCUUAUAUGGAAGUAUGCUAAAAAGUGUUUAUAAAUUUAUAUAAAAUGGUUUAUAUAAAUAUAUAACCUGAAUGCUAUUAAAAAAGCAAGUAAAUAUUAGGUCUUACUAAAAGAAAAGGUUGAACUUAUUUGAUCUUUUCCAAAACAGGUUACCAACCAAUGUUAUAUUGGUGUGUAAUAGUUAACUUGGAGCUUAAAUUGCAAUGUGUUUAAUUUGGACCAAUCUUUGUUGAAACUAAAGAAAUAUUUUUUUACUAAUAUACAUCACCCUUUCAAACAUUCUGACCAAAUUACUUAUCCCAAUUUUUUUCCUUCAAUUUUUAUAUACCACACUCAACUCCUACAUUAAUACUAGUUUGGUAUUCUGCAGAUUGUGAAAUCUACAUUAUGAAACUGAUAUUUUGUCCAGAUAAUUAGUAAACCAUUUUCUUUUGUGCCCCUUUAAUCCCUUUUGAAUGGAUUUCAGUUACAUCUAUCAGUAGUAGCUGGCAGAUGAUCCCAUUUGCAUUGCAUGCUUCAAUGCAGGCAUACCUACAAUCUUAAAGUAAUGAGCGCAAUAAAAAUGAAAAACACUUGUAUUAAAUAGCAGACUGGAGUAUUCACGUACAGAUGACGACACAUAGGCAUAUUUGUAUCACAACAGUACAUGUCGCAGGUGUUGCAUCUUAAAAGUCCAGGAGUAUAAAUCUGUAACAUUGCUCUGAUAUUUCAGACAGAUGUUUAUUUAAUGUUUGUGGAGAAUGUUUCUUUUUUCAGAUGUUGCAUUAAUGAAGAUGCAAUGUUAUUGAGCUGUGUGUAUUAAAUAGUGAUGUUAAAUGAAAUAGAUGUCCUGAGGCAUUUAUGUAUAUUCAUUGACUUAAUUAAAGGUUUGCGAAAUGGACCUUACUAUAAAAUUUUAGAAAAGGUGCGUACCGCAAGUAUGUAUUAUCAGCAUUACACUAUUGUGAUUCAACGUAUGCUGUUUCUUUUUCUGAUAUCCUAACGUGAGUGCCUGUAUUUGUACAUUUGUAUACUUUGUUUUACAGCUCUAAUGGUUACAAGCAAAACAAGUUGAAAAAUGUGUUGCCACCACACGGAGUAUUAAGUUAAAAUGUCUUUUGAUCCUCUUGGUGUUCUUUGAAGAUGUGGAGUUUUGAAAGGUGUUCAGCAGGGGUAUUUUGUUUUACUAAUUGAAGGUAACGUCAUGAGAGAGUAGAAAUACAUGUGAUCAGUGUAAGUUCAAAAUGUGUCUAGGCCAUCAUUAAUGGAGCUGGUGUUUUUCCUUUGUUCCCAUCCACUGAAAGAGAUUAAGGGUUACACUUUAAAGCUUGUCUGUCGAGGUUCUUGAAUCAACACAGACAUUUUCUCAAUGUUAAAACCCAUCUUCCACAGUAAUAAUUUCAGGAUGCUAAAGGUUGUUAAAUUAGGUUAUGGUGUUGAUCAGAUACGUUGGCGCUGUGCAAGCAGCAGACCCACUUGCUUUCCUGUAUCAAAACCGAGAAUUAUGGUGUUUUUUUUAGUUGAUGCCUUUGAGGCCAUAUUUUUGCUAGUAUAAAUAUUUGCAGUACUAGAACUACAAAUGUUGUAGUUUAUUUAAGAAUGUUGCACAACACCAUCAAAAACCUGGCAAUGAACCUCACAAAGUGAAAUUAGUAUUUUUAACUGUUAAUAUUUCCCAUUUAUUUAUAACUUUAAAAAACAUGUCAUAGAAAAUUAUAACUAGACUCUGCAGUUUAAAAGAUCCAUUUAUUGGGUGUUUUACAGUAUGAAUCAGUCCAAAUGUCCAACUUUCUGUUUUACAAUAUUUCAAGAGUAUCACAUUGAUUAUACAAAAUUGAUGAAUCCAUUAGUACUUUAAUAUUUCUCAGAUGAAUAGCAAUUAUUUUUAAAAGUACAGUAUUUUUGUUUUCGUUAGUUUCUGGAUUGCCAAGACAUGUUUUUGUUUUAUGAGCUAUCUUUUUAUGUUUAACAGCUAUACUUUGUUGACUAACUAUGGUUUUCAGUUGUUUUCCACAGUAAAAAAUGUUUUUUAUCUUUCUUUUAACAUCAUCUGUCAGCACUGUACUAAAGUGGUAAAUAGGUCAAUGUUUUUUUUUCUUGCUUGAAGCACUGAAACUAGUAAUUCUCUCAUUUAUCAUUGCCCUAGGUUCACUUCUCAUCGCUGUAAGCACACGACUAAUGUGUCUACUGUGAAAAGAUGUAGAAUUGUAUUUGCUAGGUGUGUGGCAGGAAUACAUGUUCCAACUUAAAGAAAUCCCCUUUCCCAACACCACUAAAAAUACGAAUUUGAUAGGUGUGGAGAUGUUGUUGUCAGGAUAUAUCUGUUCAUAUACAAUGUGACAUUCAAAUUAAUCAUUUUUUAUGGUUUAGCAGAUCUUAUGCUUAUCAUAUUAUUAAAAUGUCCUGUAUCAAUAAGGGAUCUACCUCGGAUCAUUCUGACAAAGUAACAUUGCAUACUGUAUUUGCUUGUAUUAGUGCAAUGGGUAAACUGAUGAGUGGCUGAAACAUGCAUUUCCUUUUUGGUGGUAUAAAGCUUAAGGGAAAAGAAUCUAGGUAGUUAUGGUUAUGUAAAUGAGGUAGUCCCUUCCUCUAUUUCUUCGAUGGUCAUUCAUUUACAGUGCAAUUUUCUUACCUGUUACUGAACCUUGUGUAUGAUAUACAAUUUGCAUUAAGCAUUUCUACCAAAAACUGGCAACUGUUCCCUUUAAAUUGUUUAAUAGGCAGCUCUUUCAUAAAAUUGUCAGUCCCAUUGUUGGUUUUGAUAAUUUUAGUUUAAAAGAAGCCCCGUGUAAAUGUAUAUUGUGCUUUUUUUGUGUACGACAAUAUAAAGAAUAAGCUGUUUUUGUCACUAUCCAUGUUUGUAAUUCUGUGAAAUAAAAGAUUUAUCACAUAAA